ACAUUCAGAAGGUUCAAUAGAUAAGAGCGAUGAUAUUGACCGAUAUCAGUGACUCGCAUGCGAGGACAUGUCUCGAUUGGUUUUAAUUAAAUGCUAAAUGUGAAAAUCUAAAGCCCCUUUCAUUCGCGCCAUUCGGCCUUCGGAGUACGGAGUACGUUCCAAUAUGUUGGUUUCUCGACGAUUCUGCGGAUAAGGUUAGAACACGAACCUCAGGUUGACGCGUUGCGACGUAAUAACGCUCGUUGGAGAAAGUGGUGGAAUUAUUUCUUCGCUUUUUCUACGAGAUGGGGACGAGAAUUUACGCUGGAAACUGAUUCACAGCUUGCUUUCGUUAUUAAAAAGCGAAUCUCAUCUAGCCGUGCACGAAUCUCAAGCGUGUUGAUGUCAACGUAACAUUUGUGGACGAUGGACGGAGAGGAUUCCGUAGAUGUAGACGUAGAUAUAGACGAGGUCGUAGACGUGGACCCGCAGGAGCUGCAAGAGACUCUCCAGACGUACAGGAAGCUCGCGGACGAUUUUGCGAACCACGAUACGAUUCUGAAGGAUAAGACAGUCUUAUCGUAUGUAGCAUACGUUUUAGAAGUACCUGAUUUAGAUGUGGUUAAUUUAGCUCUGGACAUUCUGGAGAUAUUUGUUAAGAAUGUAGACAAUUAUAUACAUAUUACGUCUACUUUUGGUGUGCGGGAAUCCUUGGAAACAAUUAUUAACAAGUACAACUUGAACGAACCAAAGAUAGCCGGUCGAGCGCAGCAUAUCAAAGAUGACAUAGAGCGUAUGAAACCACCUAUAUAUAAUUUACGCAGUCGUUGCAGGCGAGUUAUAGAGCCCAAAAAGUUGAAGACACAUGUAAUAGUUUUACAUGUUCAGGGUUUAUUACCAGAGACUCGAGCCGAGUUGGAAGGGAUAUUAAUACGAAUUGAAGGUCUCAUUUCGCUUGUUGUUGAUGUAGAACAUCAACGUGUAACUAUGCGCACUUUGAAUUCUGUCACCGCUAAACAAAUUGCGGAAGCGAUCGACAAACAUACGGACAAUAUGGAAGCAAGAUUGAUUAUGAAAAACAAAUUUAAUCAAGAGUUUCUCGUAACGUUGAUACAAGUAGGCGAUACCGACAGCGAAGGAUUGCCUGAUUACUUGCCCGAGGAGGAAGAAGAAGAUGAUAAGGAGGGAGUUGUGUCAUUAUUUACUGGUUUAAAGCAAAGCGCUUCAUCUUUAUAUAAAUCUACCACAGAGUUUCUAAGUAGUUCAUUCUAUUGGUAGAAUUUCCAACUGUAAAAGAGAUUGAUGUAAUUACAAUUUUAUUUAUUUGAAAUUAAUUAUUUAUCUGUCUGUUCAAAGAAGGGGUGAAAACAAUUUAUGUGAAUAGGAUACAUUACCUCAAUAGAUGUAUAACAAA